CAUUAUACUCUCCUGCUGGGCCCUCACGUGUGUUUGAAACUGGCUGCAGCAUCUUGGACCACUGGAGUGGUGGUGGAGUCAGGNGUGGAGUCAGCCCAGGUCACCUGCAUCUUCAGUCUGCCCUUCUGUGGCACAGGAAAGAUUCAGCACUUUUUUGGUGACAUCAUUCCUGUAGUGAAACUGGCCUGUGUUGGUACCUCCCACAUUGAGAUUGUGAUGUUCGCUGUCUCCGUGCUCUUCAUCAUGACUCCCUGUUUGCUCAUCCUGUGCUCCUACCUGCAAAUUCUUGUAACCAUCGUGAGAAUCCCUUCUGCAACUGGCAGACGCAAAGCUUUCUCCACUUGUUCAUCUCACAUCCUGGUUGUUUCUCUGUUCUAUGGCACUGCCUUGUUCACUUAUCUUCAGCCAAAGACAUCACACACUCCAGAAACAGACAAAGCAACUGCACUCAUGUACACAGUGGUCACACCUGCUCUGAAUCCUGUUAUCUAUACCUUGCGGAACAAGGAAGUAAAGGAAGCCUUUCAAAAGGUAACACAGAGGAAUCCUCUUAGACAAAUGGCCUAA